AGCAGUAGUGAAUCUGAGAAUGAGGCAAUGAAUAUGGAAGCAAACCGCAAGUGUGCAGAGAAUAGUGAAGAACAGAAUUCGCAUUCGAGCGAUACUGACUAUGAUUAUGAGUCUAGUCAACACUUCGACGUUCACGCAACUCCAGGCUGCGGAGCAGAUUACGCGUCGAAUUCGAGGAUCGUGGAAUCGACUUUUGGCGGGGCUGGUGCAGGUAUUGAGAGAGGUCGCGGCUACGCCGGUUUAGCUUGCUUUCCAAACCUGGAUGAAAGGAGUAGUGUGGUGCGUUACGGAGGAGGUAUGAAAGGCAUGCAACACAGCAUAGCCUUGGACCGAGCCGUUUGUUUCAGCACAGCGCCUUUCUGA